AUGGUUUUGUCCAAGGGAGAAACAAAGAAAAAUAGCUUGAGAUCUACAUCAAAGCAAGAAAAGAAAUCCCAGUCGACAUUUCAGUCUUUGAAACAAUCACUUAAACUUACUAAUAAUAAGAAGUUAAAACAGAAUGCAACGCAACUCUCCAAUGAUACAACUAAGCCCUUGAAAACAAAAAAUAGUGUUACGUCCUCGAAGAAAUCUGGAACACAAGGGAAAAGAAUAUCAACGCAAAAGUAUUCCUUAUUUACGUACAGCAAUGUUCAGGUCAUGAAUUCAUUCGUCCCCAUUCACAACGAUGUUUCAAAUAGCAACAGUCAUGUUCGUAAAAGCUCUCAAAUGUCCACAUAUAAUGCCGCUGAAGCUAGUAGAGCCUCUUUGAUUGAUACACAAAGUCAAGAUAGUCAAAACACUAUUAAGUUAAAACCUACAUCUUUAAUGGCAAAAGGUCCGAUUGAAAUAUAUCAGAUAUAUACAGGGUUUGAUAAGUUGAAGGAAAAUAUGGUACCUGAUCAGAAACCUAGUAAAGCCAGUAGUCAUGGUGGACAUGUAGUAAAUUAUUUAUCAAUAGGAAGGCACGGCGAUAUUGUUCAUCCAGUAUUGCCCAAAUUACAAAUAACACGGCUGAAUGGGGCAGGCUUCAAAUAUUUUAUCAGCUUUUAUAAUCCAGAAAGAUACUGGGAAAUCGAGUUUUUGCCUUUAACUAGUCAAACUCGAUCAGAGCUCGAAAAAAGUGCGAAAGCUUUUGAAAAUGUCAUUAGCAAAAUUUGCCAAUUUUCCCAUAUUAAUGAAGAAGCUACUAUAGGGAACAAUGAGUCCUUAAGCGAUAAGUUUACAGUUUCUCAUACUUUAAAUAUAGAGUCCCCUAAUACUGAAAUAUGUGAUAGUGAUGAUGAUGACCUAAAUUACUUGCUGGAUGAGGAAGAUGAACACGAUAGUGCAGAAAAUAGCCUCUCGGCUAUAUCCAAUACUUAUUCAGAUCUGUGUGGACAAUUUCUCUGUCUCAGUGGCUCUACCAAUACCGUAUCAGUUUCAGUCAAUGAAGCAUUCAAAAAUGCUAUCAGGCGAACCGCUCCUGUGUUGAACAUUCCAAUAAUGGCCCCAAGUACUCAUUUGAAACAGCAAAACAAAAGAUAUAGUUCAUAUUCGUUUAUCGACACCUCUGUAUAUUUGCUGGAUAGGCAUAGAAGGUUAGAGAGAAGGUCCAUGUCUGGAUUUGGUGAUUUUUGA